AGCCGCCGGGCCCGCCGCAAUGCAUUCUGGGAAAGCAGCAGCACCAGAUUCAAGAUGGCGGCCAGCAGGAGGCUGAUGAAGGAGCUUGAAGAGAUCCGCAAAUGUGGAAUGAAAAACUUCCGUAACAUCCAGGUUGAUGAAGCUAAUUUAUUGACUUGGCAAGGGCUUAUUGUUCCUGAUAACCCUCCAUAUGAUAAGGGGGCCUUCAGAAUUGAAAUCAACUUUCCAGCAGAGUACCCAUUCAAACCACCGAAGAUCACAUUUAAAACAAAGAUCUAUCACCCCAACAUUGAUGAAAAAGGGCAGGUCUGCCUGCCCGUCAUUAGUGCUGAGAACUGGAAGCCAGCAACCAAGACUGACCAAGUAAUCCAGUCCCUCAUAGCACUGGUGAACGACCCCCAGCCCGAGCACCCCCUCCGGGCUGACCUAGCUGAAGAAUACUCUAAGGACCGUAAAAAAUUCUGUAAGAAUGCUGAAGAGUUUACAAAGAAAUAUGGGGAAAAGCGACCUGUGGACUAAAAUCUGCCGAGAUCGAUUCCAGCAAGUGUGAACAGAGACCCCGAGCAGUGCAUUCAGACACCCCGCAAAGCAGGACUCUGUGGAAAAUUGACAUGUGCCACCGCCUGGCGUUCGCUUGUGGCAGUUACUAACUUUCUACAGUUUUCUUAAUCAAAAGUGGUCUAGGUAACCUGUAAAGAAAGGAUUAAAAAUUUCAUAUGUUCUAGUUCUGCUUUCUUUGUUUUAAAAAUCACUGCUUCAAUCUACUUCAAAAGAAUGGUGUUUCUUUUCUUGUCCAAAUUUACCCCAAAUCUUCAAGUUAGUCCAGAAAGUUGGAAAAAAAAAAAAAACCCAAAAGGUUGUGGUUCCUUUUCCUCUCCUGCCCUAGCAACUCCCACUUUCUUGCAUUUAGUUUAUUUUUCAAGUAAUUCACUUUCCCAGGCCCAAGUCUUAUCUCCUCCCUCUACAAAGUGGCAGUGGUGGCUUUUCUUCUGUCACACUGCCCUGUGGGAGCUGGUUCAGACUUUUCCUGAUACCAGUUUAUAACCUCCUUUUUAAAAACAUAUUUACAAAACAAGCAAACAUCCACACUCCAUGCACAUACCUCUUCUCUUUUAAAAAUAAUAAUUAAUAAAAAUAGAAAGGCCUCCCAAAGAGAAGCCCAGCUCCUAUCUAAAUUCCUGGUUGUUUCCACAAUAAUGUGGAUUGAAUGGGCAAAAGCUCCACUGUUUGUAUGUGGCCAGGUCUGUGGUGACCCCGGAGGGAGGGCCUGCCAGUUGAGGAUGCUAUGCACUUGUGUGAUGAAUUUCUCACCAGAAAAGCUCUCAAAGAUCAGCAUCCCUUCAUGCAGCCAUGUUAGAAGAUCCACUGGUCAUCAUAACGCAAAAGCCAGAAUAUCCUUUUGAAGUUCCAAGCUCCUCUACCACCGAGCUCCUCUAUCAUCUGAAUGUGCCACGGAGCUCUCCAACUCAGUGCGGCAGUCCUACCACAGCCCUCCCUUGGCAGAUUUGACCCUUUGCAGAAUUGGAAUUGGUGGGACUUGACUUUGUAGCCAGCACUAGUCUGGGGUCGCUCGGGUUCCUCUUGGCCUCUUCCUUCGGAGCAGCUGCCAGCCCAGCCCGGGAACAAGAUGGCCUUCCCUCUCCCUUUGGACUCACAGCCUUUGCAGAGUCAAGCUCCACUUGAAGCUCACUCAAUACCCUUUCAAUGUGUUUUAUAUUGUUUUGAUUGCCUUUUUUUUGUAGAAAUAAAAAUUGACCUUAGAAUUUAUCGUCAGAUGAACUUU